AUGGACAAGUCUACUGAAAACCCAGACGAGGAGGACAGACUGUCCCUCAAGAGCAACGGGAACGCAGCGGGCAACGGCGGCACCAAGGAGACGCUGGGCGUGCUUCAGUCGUUCAGGAGGAGCAUCCGGCGGGCGACCGAGAAGAGCCCGCUGUCGUCCGGAGGCAAGUGGGCAAAGGUCUCCGCCGGCAACGAGUCGGGGUCACAACCGCCUCCGUCUCCCAGUCUGAGUGCUGGCUCUCCGGUCACGUCUCCUCUGAAGAACAUCGGAGGCUUUUUCUAUAAUAAAGAGGAAGACGAGAGCGACAGCGUUGGACAGAAAGGCAAAGGUCUGAAACGCUCAAAGACAGAUCCAAACAUGGGCGGGUUCGGGGACUCUCUCAUGAAAAAAGGAGCGUCAAUUCGCCGAAGCCUGAAAUUCAAGAAAGCCAUCAAACUGGAAGCGGCCACCCUCGUCUCUGAAGGGCCCCUGGAGGAGAGGAAGGAGGAGCUAGAGGAGGAGGAGGAGGAGGAGGAGGUGUGGGAGGAGUUAGAGGAGUCGUACACGCUGCCGGAAAUACCCCACACACCGCUGUCAGUGAUGCAGAUCAAUAAGCUGAUAGAGACAGAGGUGCUGGAGGAGGCUCACCUGAACCUGCUCGCCAUGCGCCAGGAGUUCCAGCAGGAACGGGAGCGGUGUGGCGAGGACUCCCCUUUGGAGCUGGCCAAGAAGGAAAAGGACCUCAACCUCCUUUACGGAAACCUGAGGGACAAAGUAAACACGAUUGUGCGCGACUCCAACUCCCUUCCCUCCAGGAACAAGGGGCUGCUGGAACCCGUGGCACGCAUCAUCCAAGAGGAGGACAGGCGAGCGGAGGAACCCGGCGGGCUGCAGGGCAGCUGGCUGGAGGCCUGGAGGGAGGCGGUGGGGGAGGGGGUGCAGUUGAAGGUGCAGAGCGUUCACCUGGAGCCCAGGGAGCAGAACGCCUCCUGGCUGGCAGUCCAUCUGGCCCUGCUGGGUAAGAGCAUCGUGGAGGAUUUGGAGAAGGUGAAGAAGGAGCUGCGAUGGUCGUACCCACCCAGCUUUCAAGUGUUCAGCACCUACGUGAGGAGUUAUCACCGAGUGGUCGGGCAGCACCUGAAGAAGCUGGAGCCGCAGGUGACGGAGCUGAAGGACCUGUAUGCUCUGCUGGACUGGAUCAUCAACCUCUACAAGAGCGAGAGGAUCAUGGGAAGUCCCUCCCUGCAGCCGGACAUGAGGGAUGAGAGCGCUGAUUUGCAGCUGCAGGACGGCUUGCUGAAGCAGCUGAAAGACAAGUUCUGCUGCAAAAUGAAGGAGGACAUGAAGUCUUCCCUGGACAGAAUCAUUGAACUUGAAAAUGAGGACGUUUGGAAGGACAGAAGUACCCCCAAGAAGGAGGAGGACUUCCUCGACUCUCCGUUUCACAUGGACAUCUGGACGAAAGUGAAGGGGAAUGCUAUAAACUCUCGACGGAUUGAUGCUCAGCUGGAACAGGAAGUGAUCUCCUCCUGCCUCCAAGCGUUGAAAGAGUUCCCCAAGAGAUUCGAGGCGGAGUUCAGCCGUCACUGCAGCGCUCUCAGACUGAAGCCUCUUUGGACCGAGUACCACAUUACAUACAUCAACAGCUUCUCUGCUUUACAGCAGCACAUGGACGGGUACCAGGACACCUGUCCCAGAGAAGUGGAAGGCUUCAGGAAAGAGGCCAAGUGGCUGAUUAUCAGGCUCAUCCAGGUGCUGGAGGACCAGUACAGAGACGACGUCAAGCUGUACCUGAGGAGAAUGAUGACGAGGAAGUGGCUAACCGAUGACGAAGACUUUAAGCAGCUUUACAGUCGGACGGAGCUGCUUUCUGAACACUGCGCUCUGAUGAGGCCUACACAUGCCCAGGAGUUGGCGAGCCGACUGCACUACCACGUGGUGAGGGAGUACGUCGGCCAGCUGAUGAAGAAUAACUACUCGUGCAAGAACCGGAAACACGAGAAGGCGGCGAGCAAGAUCCGUGUGCAGUGGGGAAGACUCCGAGAUCUGUUUGAGAACAUGAAGUCGACUCACGAGUGGCUCUACGCUGUAGGAGACGACCUGAGCAACAUCAUCAUACAGAAAAACAAGGCAGACAUAAAGAUCCAUCUGCAGCCUUUGGUGGAGCAUUACCCCGACUUCAGCAGGAAGCACCUGGUUGCUGUCCUGUACUUCAGAGGUCUACUGAGAGGCCGCGAACACCGGCUCAUUCUCCAGCGGCUCACGGAGCUCAAAAAGAAGCUGGGCAGCGGCGACAAGAACCAAGUUUUAUUUGGUGACAUGCAGGUCACCGUCAACACAGACUGCUUCUCCAACCUGCCUUUCUCCUGCCUCAGCUUCCUGCUGCCUGACAACUAGUGCAGCGUGGAGGACCAGUCGCUGAGUGGAGGAAAACCAAAAGCUCCACAGGUGGACUUGUGACAGAAAAAGUUACAGUUGUUUAAGCUGGUUGACACAAAUGAAGGUCCUUGCUCUUAUUCUGAGCACACAUAGCUGGUCUUCUGUGUGACAUCAUCAUCUCUCUCUCUCUCUCUCUCUCUCUCUCUCUCUCUUUUCACUCGUUUCCAACGCAGGACUUUUGUUUGCAAUGUUUUGUGUUUGACAAAAUGCAGCGUGAACGCUAACCCAACCAAAUGAAAAAUGCAACAACAUCACAACUUCAACCCCAAAUCACACCAAGGCUACCGAACUACAGGUGUGAAAGCGCCAUUAUAUAGAGAGGCAAAGUCCCUCCCCUUCCACUAGGCCACCAUGGGACCUUAUUUUGGAAAAAAUAUGUACGGUUGUAAACAGUGAGGGACAAAUAAUUUUUUUGAUCCUGUAUGAAUUGUGCCAUGAAUUGCACAAUGCACGUAUGAUGUUCGUCAAGUCACAGUUUGUGGUAAAACUGUGACUCGUUUUUAGAGAUUUGCAUUGGAAAGUUUCGAACUAAACACAUGGUUUUGGUCUUUUCAUGGGAUUUCGCGACAGAAAAAUAUAUUCACACCAGCUGUAGCCUUUAAAUGAAGUUUAAAUAAAGUAAAAAUGAAUCUAAUAACACAUGGCCACUGUUUUUACACUAAUGACGAGGGAACUUCUGUUCUUCUAAAAGCCUCCUCUCACACACUGACAAAUGUAGAAAUUCCACAUGUUACUACUUACAAAGCAUAUUAAAUGUGACGCAUGUAUUGUGUUACUCACAUUACAGUAAGUGUUUCCAGCAUUGUGAGCAACUGCAGGAUGGUUUUCUGGGUGGAAAAAUUUUCACCAACUAGUCCAGAUAACAUUCACUCACAAAGGUUGUGAAUGCUGAAUGAAUGUGAAACUCAAACAAAUAAAAGCCAGGUUUCAACAACUUCAACAAUUAUACAGUACUGCUAUUGUCUAUUUUUGACGGCUGUGUUGGACCUUGGUUUGAGUUUAUCGUGUCAGAUCAACUGAUAACAUUUUUUGUAGAAAACUCUUUGCAUGUGAACGUCUCGUGUGCUAACCUGCUGGAGCGGAUGGGACCAGACAGUGUACGGGACAUCUAUCACACAUGAGCACUCCAAAUUGUCUUUGUAUGGCUUUAAUCUAGGGUUGCACGAUAUUGACCAAAUGCGAUAUUUCGAUAUUUUUUAAACAUAUGUAAAAUUACAAAAGUUAUGG